AUGAUUGAACCAGCAGUCCCUAUUCAAAUAAUAAAUUAUCAAAAUGGAAACUUUGGUCAACUCCCCUGAUAUCAAUUUGCAAAGACAGAUUACUUAUCUAAUAGAAAUUGGAAAGAAUUAAGACAGCACAGAAAAAUAAAAUCAAGAAUCUCCCCAUAAUCUCAUCAAAUGCAUGAACCAAAAUUCCAUAACAUUACACUUGCCAAUUUCCAAACCUAUAUAUAAAGCCCCUCGUACUACUCUCACUUUCAUCCCUCAGCCAUCACAUCAAUAAACCUGAUUCCGUAGUGGUCUUGUGGUGCAUUCAUCUAGGACGACAGUCCUCGAGUACAAAGCCGCCAAUAAAAAAAAUCUGCGGAAUUAACUAUCAAUGCCUUCUGCUGCAGCUGUAAGUUUGGUAUCCAAAUGCACUAUUUUCCCCUCAGAACAAUCAUCUCUUUCUGAUCUGAAACUCUCUGUUUCCGAUCUUCCUAUGCUCUCUGUUCACUACAUUCAGAAAGGUUGUCUAUUUACUCGUCCUCCUUUUCCUAUCCCUCACCUCAUUUCCCUUCUAAAGCUCAGUCUUUCUCAGACACUCGCUCACUUCCCUCCACUUGCCGGUCGAUUCGUGACCGACUCAGAUGGCUACGUCUACAUUUCAUGCAACGAUGCCGGCGUUGAUUUUGUUCAUGCGUCAGCCACUCAUAUUUUCAUUCGGGAUGUCAUCGGCUCCGUUGAUGUUCCUGACCAUGUUAAGGAGUUUUUCCCUAUGGACCGCAUGGUUAGCUAUAGAGGGCAUUUUAGCCCCCUUUUAUCUGUCCAAGUGACGGAAUUAGCUGAUGGCGUAUUCAUUGGUUGCGCCGUCAAUCAUUCCGUGAUGGACGGAACAUCGUUGUGGAACUUUUUCAAUACAUUCGCUGAGGUGAGCAGGGGAGUGAAAAAGAUUGUAAGGCAGCCUGAUUUUACCCGAAAUUCAAUUUUGAUUUCAAAUUCCGUGCUAAAACUCCCUGCUGAUGGCCCUAAAGUCACCUUUGCCGGGGAUGCUCCAUUGAGGGAGAGGAUAUUUAGUUUUAGCAGGGAAUCAAUUCAAACACUCAAAGCGAAAACGAACAAUCAGAAACGGAAUUUCGAUGGUGAAAUUAACAUUGUUGAAUUGAUGGCAAAACAGAGCAACGAUCCCUUGAUAAUCAAAAGAGAAACGGAGAAGCUAAAUCCAACGGCUGAGAUUUCAUCAUUUCAAUCGCUUUGCGCAUUGCUCUGGCGUGCAGUGACACGUGCAAGGAAGUUCCCACCUUCGAAAAUGACGACAUUCAGAAUGGCUAUAAAUUGCCGUCACCGUCUCCAUCCGAAGCUAAAUCCGUUAUACUUUGGCAACGGAAUUCAGAGCAUUCCAACCUACGCAUCAGCUGGGGAAGUUCUGUCUCACGAUCUGCACUGGUGUGCAGAGCAAUUGAACAAAAAUGUGAAGGCACACGAUGAUGUUAUGGUGAGGAAGUUUGUAGAGGAUUGGGAAAAGGAUCCACGGUGUUUCCCAUUGGGGAAUUUUGAUGGAGCUAUGCUAACAAUGGGUAGCUCACCAAGGUUUCCAAUGUACGAUAAUGAUUUCGGAUGGGGAAGGCCCGUUGCUGUUCGGAGUGGAAGGGCUAAUAAAUUUGAUGGGAAGAUAUCAGCGUUUCCAGGGAGAGAAGGAGGAGGAAGCGUGGAUUUGGAGGUGAUUUUGUCACCCCAAACAAUGGAUGGAUUGGAAUCUGAUCCUGAAUUCAUGCAGUUUGUCACUCGCUAUUGAAUUUGGCUGCAAUUCUGAUAAUUGGAUUGACUGUUUGGAGGAAGGAUAUUGUUAUUCAUGGUCUGAGGAUGUAACAUAGUAGCUGUUGCUCUUGUGAUUUUUACUCAAUCUGUAUUUGAUUGUGAUUGAUUUAAUUGAGUUUAACCUUUAAUUUAAUUGAGUUUAACUUUUGUUGAA